AGUGUUCCCCGAACUCGGCGUUUCCGGCUGCUGUCUGCGGCGACUGCCCUACUCCAGUGCUGCCGCCGCCGCCUCAUGGCCUUCAACUUCGGGGCGACCGGGGGCGCCGGCGCCACCAACCCUACGGGUGCAUUUGGAGGGUUUGGGACAACAACCACCACAGCUGGACCAGCAUUUAGCUUUUCUGCUCCUACCAACACAGGUACCACUGGGCUUUUUGGUGCUACCCAGAACAAAGGGUUUGGAUUUGGUACUGGUUUUGGCACAGGAACUGGUACUGGUUUAGGUACUGGUUUAGGAACUGGAUUAGGCUUUGGAGGAUUCAGUACACAGCAGCAGACUUCAUUAGGUGUCUUGUACAGUCAGCCUACUCAGGCACCUUCCCAGUCUAACCAGCUGAUAAAUACUGCCAGUGCUCUUUCAGCCCCUACGCUCUUGGGAGAUGAGCGAGAUGCGAUUUUGGCAAAGUGGAACCAGCUGCAGGCUUUUUGGGGGACAGGAAAAGGAUACUUUAACAACAACAUCGCUCCAGUGGACUUCACACAGGAAAAUCCCUUUUGCAGAUUUAAGGCUGUGGGCUAUAGUUGCAUGCCCAACAAUAAGGAUGAAGAUGGGCUAGUGGUCUUGGUCUUCAAUAGGAAAGAGACAGACAUCCGAAGCCAACAGCAGCAGCUAGUGGAAUCUCUGCACAAAAUAUUGGGAGGAAACCAGACCCUCAGUGUUAAUGUAGAAGGUGUUAGAACAAUGCCAGAUGACCAGACUGAAGUCAUCAUUUAUGUUGUUGAGCGGUCACCCAAUGGCACUUCCAGAAGAGUUCCAGCAACAACCUUGUAUGCUCAUUUUGAGCAAGCUAACAUAAAGACGUCACUACAGCAGCUGGGCGUCACCAUGUCCAUGGCAAGAACAGAACUUUCUCCUGCACAAAUCAAACAGCUUUUACAGAAUGCUCCUGCUGGUGUUGAUCCUAUUAUUUGGGAACAAGCCAAAGUGGAUAAUCCUGAUCCUGAAAAACUUAUUCCUGUGCCCAUGGUGGGUUUCAAAGAACUGCUGAGAAGAUUGAAGGUCCAAGAUCAAAUGACUAAACAGCAUCAAACCAGAUUAGAUAUAAUAUCAGAAGAUAUUAGUGAGCUACAGAAAAAUCAGACCACAACUAUGGCAAAAAUAGCACAGUACAAGAGGAAACUAAUGGAUCUUUCUCACAGAACCUUACAGGUAUUAAUUAAGCAAGAGAUACAGAGGAAAAGUGGCUAUGCCAUUCAGGCUGAUGAGGAACAGCUUCGUGUACAGUUAGACACAAUUCAGUGUGAACUCAAUGCGCCUACUCAGUUCAAGGGUCGAUUAAAUGAGUUAAUGUCCCAGAUCAGGAUGCAAAAUCAUUUUGGAGCUGUGAGGGCUGAAGAGAAAUACUACAUAGAUGCAGACCUCUUACGGGAAAUCAAGCAACAUUUAAAGCAGCAACAAGAAGGCCUGAGUCAUUUGAUCAGCAUUAUAAAAGAUGAUUUGGAGGAUAUAAAACUAAUAGAACAUGGACUGAAUGAGAGUAUCCCAAUCAGAGGAAGUAUCUUCAGUUGAUGUGUCACUACCUGUUAAGGGUGCAUGAUGUGUUACUUUUGUUUCAGGGUUUCCUUCUAAGGCUGAAACUGACCAGGUAAAAUAAAACAUCUUAAAGCAAGUUCUCAGAGAUCUAGUAUUGACUGUAUUCUUUAAAACAAGUAAAGCCUCUUUUAAGCUUUUCAAACAUGAUAACCUUUGGAAGGUUUACAUUUUUUAUAAAGCUAUCUAUGUUUUAAUAAAAGGAAAACUGAAUCUGUUCAGAUACUAUUUUGCUAUAAAAGUAUGUACUAUUGUACAUUUUUACAACAGCAUUGUCCUUAAAUGCAGUGCUAAAGGAUUAGCUCUCCUUUCAAUUUUUUGUUUCUGCUGCAAGUUAAAAACAUGAAAGGAUUCAAUUUUGCACACACUAGUGCUAAAAUUAUGACUACAAACUACUUUAAAAUAACUAAGCUGUUGCAAACUUGUACUUAAUAGUGUAAGCACCUCAAUUUGUCUGUCUGUGGGGCAAGCCAUGGAUCAGUUAGUGUCACUGGUAUGUCUCUCUCCGUACUGCAGGGAGUCAAAGGCUAUAUUUUUAUAUAAUUUUACAUGGUCAAAAUUUGCUGAAUCCCCUUGCUUCUAAGAAAUAAAAAAAAAUGUCUAA